CCCCUCCUCCCUGCGAGCCGGCCGGGCUGGGGCUGCGGGCAGAGGCGGCCGGGCUGCUGGCGGGGGCGGCUGCGCUGCCCCGGGGAGGGAGGCGCUGAGCCGCGGGGCCCGAAGCAACUUCCCAUCUCCCCGGAGCCCGGCUCCGGCUGCUGCUGCGCGGGGGAAGCGCCCGGGCUGGAGAGCGGCGGGAGCCGGGAAAGUUGGAGCCCGGGGAGGAGGCGGCUGCGCGCUCGGAUGCCGCCCGCCGCCUCGGUGCCCCCGCAGAUCGCCGGAGCCCGGCGUGGGCUCCUGCCCUGGGAGCGGCAGCGGGACUAGGAGGGAUGCUGCUGUGGACCGUGGCCACCAGGCAGAGUGGGGUUUCCCGGGAAAUGUUUCUGACCAUCGCUGUCUGGCUGGCUUGGCAGGAAACCUCCGCGGCGCCGACCCCUACGGCCGAGGACCUGAACCUGGGAGUUGACUGGCUGACUAAAUUUGGCUACCUGCCUCCUCCAGGCCCUGUCACGGGACAACUGCAGACCCAGGAAGAGCUUGCAAAAGCCAUCACAGCCAUGCAGCAGUUUGGAGGCCUAGAAGCAACAGGGAUACUAGAUGAAGCUACACUGGAAUUAAUGAAGACACCUCGUUGCUCUCUACCUGAUCUUGCUGAGUCAGAGACCAGAAAGAAGCGGCACGCUCAGGCCGUGACAAAGUGGAAUAAAAGGAACUUAUCUUGGAGAGUCCGCACCUUCCCCAAAGAAUCCCACCUGGGCCAUGACACAGUCCGCGCCCUCAUGUACUAUGCCCUGAAGGUCUGGAGUGACAUCACCCCGUUGAAUUUCCACGAGGUGGCGGGUAACAACGCUGACAUACAGAUAGACUUCUCCAAAGCAGACCACAAUGACGGGUAUCCCUUUGACGGGCCUGGCGGAACGGUAGCACACGCUUUCUUCCCCGGAGACCAUCAUACCGCAGGAGACACUCAUUUCGACGAUGACGAAUAUUGGACUUUCCGAUCAUCAGAUGCCCAUGGGAUGGACCUGUUUGCCGUGGCAGUCCAUGAGUUUGGCCACGCCAUCGGCUUGACCCACAUCUCUGCCUUAGAGUCUAUCAUGAGACCCUAUUACCAGGGACCGGUGGGGGAUCCCCUGAAGUAUGACCUGCCUUACGAAGACAAAGUCAGAAUCUGGCAGCUGUAUGGAGUCAGGGAUUCUGUGUCCCCAACAGCCAAGCCUGAAGUAACCAAAACUGACGACCAUCCCGUUCUGCCAGAGCUGCCAGAGAACCGCUCCACUGUGCAGCUCAGAAGAGAUAUGCCCAACAGGUGCAACACUCACUUUGACGCUGUGGCUCAGAUCAGAGGCGAGGCUUUCUUCUUCAAAGGCAAGUACUUCUGGAGACUGACUCGCAAUAAACACUUGGUCUCCCUCCAGCCAGCUCAGAUCCACCGUUUCUGGCGGGGUCUCCCUCUCAAUAUGGACAGUGUGGACGCGGUGUAUGAGAGAACCAAUGACCACAAGAUCGUGUUCUUCAAAGGAGACAGAUACUGGGUGUUCAAAGACAAUAACGUGGAGGAAGGAUACCCUCGGCCAAUUUCGGAUUUUGGCUUGCCACCGGGAGGCAUCGACGCUGCUUUUUCCUGGGCCCACAAUGACAAGACUUAUUUCUUUAAGGACAGUCUCUACUGGCGCUAUGACGACCAUGAGCGGAGGAUGGAUCCCGGCUAUCCUUCCGAGACCACUUUGUGGAAGGGCAUUCCAAGCACGUUAGAUGACGCAAUGAGAUGGUCAGAUGGUGCAACCUAUUUCUUCAGGGGCAAGGAGUACUGGAAAGUGUUGGACAAUAACCUGGAACCAGAACCUGGUUACCCUCAGUCCAUCGCCAGAGACUGGCUGGUGUGCGGUGACAUGCAGUCUGAUUCUCCAGACUCGGCAGGGAGCAGCAGGACUGGGGCGCACUCCAAGCAAGGGCAGCACGACGAGAGCCGUUCGGAAAACGGCUACGAGGUCUGCUCAUGCACCUCUUCCUCAGAUUCCCUCUCGGCCCGCCCAGCACUCAGACUCUCAGCAAGCCUUCUGCUAGCAAGCGUGUGGACAGCAGCAGUGGCUUGCGCAGCACUAUGACAUCCAGUAACAUGGACAAGAAGACGAUACGGUGCUUCAGGGACUGGUGGUGGAUAGAAUCACACCAUGCUACACUGUUACAGCGGAAACAAACAUGCCUAGGAACGUGGCAGCGAAGGUUUCAAGUUCUCCAUGAGAAGUGAACUGGGUUUAUUUUUAUUUUUUAGUUAAAGGUCUAAGAAUGGACUGUGGGUUCUGCACCUUCUUAUUCCCCCAACCAGCUAAAGAAUAAAGACGUUGCUGAAUAUUA